GUGGCGGUCGAGCAGCUGCAUCCGGCGCUGCUGGAGAAGGCAGAGGCGCUGAAGGAGGAGCUGGCGGGACUCGAACACAAGAUGGCGCAGGGCAGCGAGUUCAACGUCGACGAGAACAAGCGGUACGCGCAGGUGACGGGCGUGGUGACGGUGUACGAGGAGUUUGUGGCGCUGCACGAGAACUACGAGGCGCUCGUGGACAUGGCGCAUGGCGGCGACGAGGGCGGGCUCGCCGACGAGGCCCGGGCAGAGCUGCAGACCGCGGUGCCCGAGCUCGUGGAGACCACGGCCCGGCUCAAGGCCCGGCUGCUGCCGCAGCACCCCUUCGCAGACAAGGCUGCGAUCCUGGAGCUGCGGCCGGGCGCCGGCGGCCACGAGGCCAACAUCUUUGCCGCAGACCUGCUCGCCAUGUACGUGCGGUACUGCCAGCUCCGCGGCUGGAAGCACGAGGUGCUGUCCAAGACCGACCACGCGUCCGGCUCCGGCAUCACCGAGGCCGCCCUCGUCGUCAACCACCACGGCGCCUACGACCGCCUCCGCCACGAGGCCGGCGUCCACCGCGUCCAGCGCAUCCCCUCCACGGAAACCAAGGGCCGCGUCCACACCUCCGCCGCCGGCGUCGUGGUCCUGCCCAAGAUGGACGACGACGGCGCCGCCGGCGCCGCCGCCCGCACCUUCAGGCCCGACGAGCUCCGCAUCGACGUGAUGCGUGCCAGCGGCGCCGGCGGCCAGCACGUCAACACCACCGAGUCCGCCGUGCGCAUUGUCCACCUCCCGACAGGCAUCAUUGUCAGCAUCCAGGACGAGCGCUCCCAGCACAAGAACAAGGAGAAGGCCCUCACCGUCCUGCGGGCCCGGCUCGCCGAGAAGGAGCUCCGCGAGAAGCAGGAGCGCGAGCGCAGCGCCAGAACCGGCCAGGUCUCCUCCGUCGACCGAAGCGACAAGAUCAGGACCUACAACUUCCAGCAGAACAGAGUCACCGACCACCGCUGCAAUUACACCCUCCACGACCUCGAGGGCUGCAUGCAGGGCACCAAGCUCGACCUUGUCAUCGACCAGGUCGAGAAGCGGGAGGCCGACGACGCCGCCGAGGAGCUCAUCAGGAAGCUCGAAACCAAG